AUGCCACCUCCUCUGCCUCGCUUCACGGCCGCCUCCGGAGGAUCCUCCGCUGCCGCCGCGCUACUGCCGCUGCACUACAGGCCGGAGUUCUCCACGGCAACGGCGGCGGACAUGGCGGGGUCGCAGGAGAAGCAGUCGGCCCCACAGUCGCAGCCCCCGGCGGGCGGUGGCGGCGUCGCCGACCGCAUCAUGCCGCACCUCCUCAACAUAUAUGGAUCGUGCGCGACGGCACGGGACUUCGAGAUGUACGCGCCAAACGCGACAUUUGAGGACCCGCUCAUGCGUGCUCACGGGGUUAAGCAGAUCAAGUCAGCAUUCUACACGCUGCCAAAGGUGUUCGGGGAAUCCAAGAUCACGGAGUACACCGUACAAGAGAAUCCGAUGGGGCCGGGCAAAACCGAGGUGGUGAUCGAGAACAAGCAGCACUACAAGGUGCUGGGCAAGCCGGUGGACCUGACGACGCUCAUCAGGCUGCAGGUGGAGAACGGCAAGGUGGUCAAGCACGAGGACUGGUGGGACAAGAAGCCUCUGAAGAACAGGGACACGGUGGGCCUGCCGCUGGUGGGGCGACUCGCGGAGGCCAGCCGACGGGGCGCCAUGCUGCUCACCCACGCCCUCAUGGGCUUCGGCAAAGACCCAAAACCAGCCCAACCCCUCCUCCUCCUCCUUCACAGUCGUCACAACACUAGCUAG